AUGAAGGCCUCUUUCAUCGCUGCCGUCGCCGCUCUGGCCGGCUCUGCUUUCGCUGUUCCCACCCCUGCUGGUGGUCUUGAUAGCAUCCUCAAAGGUCUCAAAAUUGGUGACAUCACCAAGGAGCUCAAGCUCAACGAGCUCCCUGUUGUCUCUUCGCUCGGUGACCUGGGCAAGGUCCUGAACCUUGGCGGCUCCUCCGGCUCCCCUAGCCUCCCCGGCUCCCCUAGCCUCCCCGGCUCCCCCGCCUCCCCCUCUGCCAGCAGUGCCCCCGCUGUCCAGGAUGGUCACCUCGUCCAGAACCUCGGACCCCAGCUCAAUAACAUCCUGACCGUUGCCGGCCCUGACGCCAGUACCCUCCUCAUCGAGCUCUCCCCUGAGGUCACUGCCCUCGUCGCCGGCCUUGGUCUCGGUGGCCUUGGCGUUGCCCUCGGUGACGUUGUCGCCUCCGCCUCCGGCGUUGGUGCUCUCCUUACUGGCCUUGGCCCCGUCGUCGACGGUCUCGUCACUGUUGUCGGUGCCGACGUUGGUGCUCUCCUCAUCAGCCUCUCCCCCCAGGUCGCUGGCCUCGUUUCCGGUCUUGGUCUCCCUACCGUUGGUGUCCCCGUCGGUACCGUCGUUGCUGUUCUCGGCAAGAACGUCAAGCGUGGCGAGAUUGUCCAGGACCUUGCCCCCAAGGUCAAGUCUACCCUUACCGUCACCGGCAAGAACACCGAGAACCUCCUCAUCGAGCUCUCCCCCGCCCUCACCUCCGUCGUUGCUGGCCUCGGUCUGACUGGUAUCGCCGGCCCCGUUGGCUCCAUCGUCUACAAGGCUGCUUCCCUCGGUGAGCUCAUCGCCCACAUCUCUGGACCCGUUGAGGACCUCCUCCACAUUGUCGGCAAGGACGGACAGCACCUCCUCAUCAAGCUGUCUCCCUCCGUUGUUGCCCUUGUCACUGGUCUCGGUCUCCCCACCGUUGCCACCCCUCUCGGUCCCCUCCUCACCACUGUCGGAAAGAACGUGUAA